UUAUUUUUAAUACCUAUGUUUAUACCUUAUUUACAUACACGUCUCUCUAUUACAGUGAAGAAAGCCAAGCUCGAUGGACCACAAGAGAAAUUCAACACGUACGUGUCGCUGAAGGUUCAGAACGUGAAAAGCACCACCAUAGCCGUACGAGGCAGUCAGCCAUGUUGGGAACAGGACUUCAUGUUUGAGAUUAACAGGCUGGAUCUGGGCCUGACGGUGGAAGUAUGGAACAAAGGACUGAUCUGGGACACCAUGGUUGGCACAUUGUGGAUCCCUUUGCGCAGCAUUCGACAGUCGAACGAGGAAGGUCCAGGACAAUGGCUGACUUUAGACUCCCAGGUCAUUAUGGCUGAGAAUGAGAUUUGCGGCACCAAAGAUCCCACUUUCCAUCGAGUGCUUUUGGAUACACGAUUCGAACUCCCAUUAGAUAUACCGGAGGAAGAAGCUCGAUACUGGGCCAAGAAACUGGAGCAGCUCAAUGCCAUGAGGGACCAAGAUUACACAUACCAGGAGGAGCAUGAGAGACCACUUCCAAUGCCAUCAACUCAGUGCUGUAACUGGAGUCUAUGGGGGGACCAGCAAAAUGAUGAUCCAGACAGUGCUGUGGACGAUCGAGACAGUGAUUAUCGCAGUGAAACCAGCAACAGUAUCCCGCCUCCAUUCUAUACCACUUCUCAGCCCAACGCAUCCAUGCACCAAUACCCCAUCCGAAACAUGCACCAUGGCUCCCGCUACAACGACAUGCAAGACUACGACUAUGAUAACCAGAGAGCCAUUAGCCCCACCGGCAGUAGUCGCUAUGCCUCCUCGGGCGAGCUGAGCCGCGGCAGCUCCCAGCUCAGUGAGGAGUUUGGCCCAGAAGAUGGUGAGAGCUUCCGAGGUUCCGGAGAGUUCUACGAUGAGAACGACUCCUACCACUCCUGCCAUUCCUCCGUUAGCUAUGGUAAAGACUCACCUGGUUGGGAUCCAGAUGAGCCGCAGGGCGUCUACAGUGAUGAUGGGGAGUACAACAAAGAUGGAGGUGAAGAAGGUGCACUUUAUGAUGAAGAGGAUGGUGAGAUCUAUGAGCAGGAGGAAGGGGAGUAUCCCUAUGAAGAGGAAGAGGAAGGAAUGGUGUAUGAAGAGGAUGAAGACCUUUACCCACUGGAUGGUACUCUCAGUGAAGAGCAGGAGCCACCGUACACCCCUACCCCAACCAGCACUGCCCCAACGUUGGCUCCCGAGGCCCCCACCAGCCGUCCACCACUGGAGAAACAGGCAUCCAUGCACCAGCAUCAGUCCCAACCACCAUUCCAGACCAUGGAGCCUAAGCGAGAGUCACCACCCCCACAGCAGCCACUUGAUGUCUUUGCCAAGGUUCCUCGCACCUCGACCCCACCGCGAGUCUCAGAGGUGGAGUCUGAGAAGGUUCCAACAUCUGCUGGCAAGCAAGCAGCCCCUUCUGAGGAACUUUUGCCUAUCCCUCCUACCGAGGUUCCGCCUGUAGCAGAACAAGAAAAGAAAGAGGCUUCUCCGGAGAGCACACCAAAGCUGGAGCCACCUGUGGAUCCUGCAGUUAGGGCCAAAGCCAACUGGCUACGACUCUUCAACAGAGUUCGCCUUCAGCUGCAGGAGGCUCGAGGCGAGACUCCAGGACUUGCGUCACUCUUUUUGCAAGCAGGGCCUGGAGGUGCUCUUUACAGCAUAGACAGUAUGCCAGACCUACGCAAGAGGAAGGCCAUCCCUCUUGUCCGAGACCUGGCAAUGUCUCUUGUCCAGAACUCUCGAAAAGCAGGCAUCACUUCUGCGAUGGCCUCCAGCACACUUAACAAUGAAGAACUGAAGAGUCACGUCUAUAAGAAGACCCUGCAGGCUUUGAUCUACCCCAUUUCCUGUACUACACCACACAACUUUGAAGUGUGGACGGCCACCACCCCCACCUACUGCUACGAGUGCGAGGGGCUUCUAUGGGGCAUCGCUCGACAGGGCAUGCGCUGCACCGAGUGUGGGGUCAAGUGUCACGAGAAGUGUCAAGAUUUGCUUAAUGCUGAUUGUUUACAGAGGGCGGCGGAGAAGAGCUCCAAACAUGGAGCUGAGGAUCGCACGCAGAACAUUAUCAUGGUGUUGAAAGACCGCAUGAAGAUCCGCGAACGCAACAAGCCUGAGAUAUUCGAGCUGAUUCAGGACGUGUUCGGAGUCAUCAAGGCAACACACGUGGCACAGAUGAAGCAGGUCAAGCAAAGCGUCCUGGACGGGACGUCCAAGUGGUCAGCCAAGAUCAGCAUCACUGUAUUAUGUGCCCAGGGCCUGCAGGCAAAGGACAAGACUGGCUCCAGCGAUCCUUAUGUUACGGUUCAAGUAGGCAAGACUAAAAAACGAACCAAGACCAUCUACGGCAACCUCAACCCUGUGUGGGAUGAGAGCUUCAAUUUUGAGUGUCACAACUCUUCUGAUCGGAUCAAAGUGCGUGUGUGGGACGAGGAUGACGAUAUUAAGUCUAGAGUAAAGCAGAAGUUCAAACGAGAGUCUGAUGAUUUCCUUGGCCAGACCAUCAUCGAGGUGCGAACUCUGAGCGGAGAAAUGGACGUCUGGUACAAUCUGGACAAGCGUACGGACAAGUCUGCUGUAUCUGGAGCCAUCCGUAUGCACAUCAGCGUGGAAAUCAAAGGGGAAGAAACCGUAGCUCCAUACCACGUCCAGUACACUUGCUUGCAUGAGAACCUUUUCCACUAUCUAACAGACAUCCAAAACAACGGGGUGGUGAAGAUACCAGAUGCCAAGGGCGAUGACGCAUGGAAAGUUUACUUCGAAGAAACGCCCCAAGAAAUCGUUGACGAGUUUGCCAUGCGUUACGGAGUGGAGUCCAUUUAUCAAGCCAUGACACACUUCGCCUGCUUGUCAUCAAAGUACAUGUGUCCUGGAGUGCCUGCGGUCAUGAGCACCCUUCUGGCCAACAUCAACGCUUACUACGCUCACACAACCCAGGCUACCAACAAUGUGUCGGCCUCCGACCGCUUCGCUGCGUCCAACUUUGGGAAAGAGCGAUUUGUCAAGCUUCUGGACCAGCUCCACAACUCUCUGAGGAUUGACCUUUCUAUGUACAGGAAUAAUUUCCCAGCUAGCAGUCCUGAGAGGCUGCAGGACCUCAAGUCUACUGUGGACCUGCUAACCAGUAUCACAUUCUUCAGGAUGAAGGUCCAAGAGCUUCAGAGUCCUCCUCGUGCCAGCCAGGUAGUGAAGGACUGUGUGAAGGCUUGCCUCAACUCAACCUACGAAUACAUUUUCAACAACUGCCACGAGCUGUAUAGUCGAGAAUACCAAACAGACCCGAACAAAAAAGGAGAGGUUCCUCCAGAGGAACAAGGUCCAAGCAUCAAGAAUCUAGACUUCUGGUCCAAGCUUAUCACCCUUAUUGUCUCAAUUAUUGAAGAGGACAAGAACUCCUACACCCCCUGCCUUAACCAGUUUCCACAGGAGCUCAAUGUUGGAAAGAUCAGCGCAGAGGUUAUGUGGAACCUGUUUGCCCAAGAUAUGAAGUACGCGAUGGAAGAGCAUGAAAAGAACCGCCUGUGCAAGAGUGCCGAUUACAUGAACCUGCACUUCAAAGUAAAGUGGCUCUACAAUGAAUACUGCAAAGACCUGCCUUUCUUCAAGAGCCGAGUGCCUGAGUAUCCGACGUGGUUCGAGCCAUUUGUCAUCCAGUGGUUGGAUGAGAAUGAGGAGGUGUCUCGAGACUUCUUGCAUGGAGCCCUGGAGCGUGACAAGAAAGAUGGGUAUCAGCAAACUUCAGAGCAUGCUCUCUUCUCCUGUUCGGUAGUGGAUGUCUUCUCGCAGCUUAACCAGAGCUUCGAGAUCAUCAAGAAGCUGGAGUGUCCGGACCCACAGAUCGUCGGACACUACAUGAAGAGAUUUGCCAAGACCAUUAGCAAUGUUCUGUUGUCCUAUGCGGACAUUAUCUCAAGAGACUUCCCCAACCACUGCACCAAGGAGAAAGUGAACGCAAAGGAUGGCGCUGUAAAGCCUUGCAUCCUCAUCAAUAAUAUCCAACAGCUCAGGGUACAGCUUGAGAAGAUGUUUGAGGCCAUGGGUGGUAAAGAUUUGAAUGUUGAAGCUAGCGACAUCUUGAAAGAACUCCAGGUGAAGCUCAACAAUGUUUUGGAUGACCUUGCAAGGAUCUUUGCCACCAGUUUCCAACCAAACAUUGAAGAAAAUGUCAAGCAGAUGGGUGACAUACUAAGCCAGGUGAAGGGGACAGGAAAUGUGCCAGCGAGUGCUUGUAGCAGCGUGGCACAGGACGCCGACAAUGUCCUACAGCCCAUCAUGGACUUCCUUGACAGCAAUCUCACGUUGUUUGCCAAGAUCUGUGAGAAGACAGUGUUGAAGCGAGUGCUGAAAGAGCUUUGGAAGCUGGUGAUGAACACAAUGGAGAAGACGAUUGUCCUGCCGCCUUUGACUGACCAAACGGGCACUCAACUUAUAUUCAAUGCAGCCAAGGAGCUCGGUCAGCUCUCCAAGUUGAAGGAGCACAUGGUUCGUGAGGAGGCCAAGGCACUGUCCCCUAAACAAUGUGCAGUGAUUGAGUUAGCUCUGGAUACUAUAAAGCAAUAUUUCCAUGCUGGAGGUGUGGGGCUGAAGAAGACAUUCUUGGAGAAAAGUCCAGACCUGCAGUCUCUACACUACGCCCUGUCCCUCUACACUCAGGCCACUGACAAACUCAUCAAGACCUUCGUUCAGUCCCAGAAUACACAAGUUCAUGGAGGGAAGGGGGUAAGGUUCACCCAUAGUGAAGACGUGUACCCAGAGAAGGGUACUGGUGUUGAGGAUGCUGUUGGAGAGGUGUCUAUCCAUGUGGAGAUCUUCACUCAUCCAAAUACUGGAGAGCACAAGGUCACAGUGAAGGUGGUGGCUGCGAAUGACCUACGGUGGCAGACCUCUGGAAUUUUCCGACCCUUUGUGGAGGUCUACAUCAUUGGCCCUCAUCUCAGUGAUAAGAAGAGAAAGUACGCCACCAAGUCCAAGAACAACAGCUGGGCUCCCAAAUACAAUGAGACUUUUACAUUCACAUUGAGUAAUGAAGUGGGUCCAGAGUGCUACGAGCUCCAGGUAUGCGUGAAAGACUACUGCUUUGCACGAGAGGACCGCACCGUUGGCAUGGCGGUACUGCAGCUGAAGGACGUAGCCCCGAGGGGUAGCGUAGCAUGCUGGCUACCGCUAGGUAAACGCAUUCACAUGGACGAAACCGGACUGACCGUACUGCGAAUCCUGUCCCAGCGCAACAACGACGACGUAGCGAAAGAAUUCGUCAAGCUCAAAUCCGACCAGCGCUCUGCUGAGGAGGGGCGGAGCUAAGACCAGGAAGUAGCUAGCGAGGCAUGGUAACUUGAAUGGCGUAAACACUGCCCCCGAUGUUCAGAUGUUGCACUAGCGCAUAGAAAAAACACACAAGACAUAUUUAUCUCGGUUCUUCACUUUAAUGACCAACCGUUUACGUGACAAAGCAGUUAUAUAUUUGUAUUCAGUGCACUGCCAUUAGAAUUGCCAGGAAGGGCUUGUUUAACAAGCACAAUUUGGCACACGAAACAGACACAGGAUAUUGUAUCUCUUAAAUACUUGAUGUUUGUGAUGUCUUUGAUUUUUAUAAUGCAUAUUCCAAGACAGAAACCUGCCAAAAGGUACUUAAAUACAACAAAUGUUUAUCUAUUUAUUCUGCAAAACAUUAAAUAUCACUAUCAAUUGCACAGGUCUUAAAAUAUAAAUUUAGAAAAUAUUAUAUUUAAAAUAAUAAUAAUAAUAUUAUAAUAGUUAUAUUACAAAUAUAGUUAUAUUUUAUUUAUACUCAGAUUUUUUUCAAUUGCAUCUGUGAAAUAAACCAGAUUAAGGCAUGUAAACAUGACAGAGUGCUACAUAGUGCCAUGAUUUAUUUAUUUUUAUUUAUUAUUCCUGCCAUAUUCAGCGAUCUGUAAUGAUGUCAAACCUCUUUCGUGCGGCCUUUUGUCAAUCAUUCCUGCACCCUUGAAAGGGUGCCUUAAUGUCAGGGUAUCGUUUCUCCGCUAUGUACAAACAUUUCACCCCUUAACUCCUUAAUAGGGACCAAAACCCCCUAUGGGUCAGAUUUUAAUGUUAUGCAAUUGUUUAGAAGCACAAGAAAAUGACGAGAAAUAGACCUACAACCAAAUACACCUCUGAAAGCAGAGUGGUCGAUUUUGCAUGUAGUAUGAAAUGUGUGAAAUUAUUUUUAGGGGCGUGACUUGCAGGACAUCCUACGAAUUCUACUUAUUGUAAGAAUAUAAGAUAAUUAGACUUUGUAAAAAUGCUUCGCACAUCUAGAUUCAAUCACAGGGCCACCUCUGUCCUGUCUUUAGUAGUGCUGUCAAACGAUUAAUCGCAUCCAAAAAAGUUUUUGUUUACAUAAUAUAUGUGUGUGUACUGUGUAUAUUUAUUAUGUGUAUUUAUAUAUUUAUAUAUGCAUAAUACAUAUACACAAUACACAGUAAACAACAUUUUUAUUUUAAAUGCAGUUAAUCACAAUAAAUUGUAUCCAAAACAAAAGUUUAAUCGCAUCCAAAUUUAAAGUUUUGUUUUAAGUAAUAUAUGUGCGUGUACUGUAUAUAUUUAUUAUGUGUAUAUAUUGUGUGUGUUUAUAUAUGCAUAAUAAAUAUACACAAUACACAGUAAACAACAUUUUUAUUUUGAAUGCAAUUUAUCGCGAUUAAUCACAUCCAAAAUAAUUUUUUUUUUUACAUAAUAUAUGUGUGUGCACUGUGUAUAUUUAUUAUGCAUAUAUAUAUUAUGUGUAUUUAUAUAUGCAUAAUAAAUAUACACAGUACACAGAAACAAUAUUUUUAUUUUGGAUGCAAUUAAUCACGAUUAAUCGCAUCCAAAAUGAAAGUUUUUUUUACAUAAUAUAUGUGUGUGCACUGUGUAUAUUUAUUAUGCAUAUAUAUUAUGUGUAUUUAUAUAUGCAUAAUAAAUAUACACAGUACACAGUAAACAACAUUUUUAUUUUGGAUGCAAUUAAUCAUGAUUAAUCGCGGUUAAUCGUUGGACAGCGCUAUCUUUGUGCGUUUUUCCGAUCCGUUCAUGUUCAAGUACGAGUGCCUGUGCGGUUUAUCCAGUGUUUGUCGGCAUGAUUACAGUUUAUACGAUGUAAAUGUACAAGUCUAGAAUGACAAACACUGCUUGUAUUAGACACCAGAGCUGCCUGUUUCAGUGAAAUUUCACUUUGUAACGUCACGUUUAAAUGUCAUACCGCUCCAGAAGAUUGUUCCAUGCAAAAUGGGACUUUUUUCUUCACUCACUGGUUUCACACCUCAAAAGAAUCACAGCCAUUGAGAAUCACUCCUAUAGAGUUGCCAUAGUAACCGCUGAUGAAUCCUGCCAUUUUACUGCCAAACCAUCCACCAUAUUAGAAAAGCACAAGAGAGAUGCUCUAUAAUGUGGAUUAAACAAUGUACAUUCAUUCAUUCCCUGCUGUACUGCGCUAAACCGUGACUGACAGAAACUAACCGUGCUAUGGAGGUGAAAUGAUCUAGAUAGAGUCGCUUGUUGAAUUUAACAGUAAAGCACUUUGCGCUACAGCUAUGUUUUGACGUUUUCCUGUAUUAUUUCUUAAAUAGUCUAUGCAUCUGUUUUAUCGAAGUCAUCAGUGAUCAACAGCCUUGGAUUGUUUACAAGCUGCGAACUUUGUUGUUGUUUUGUUUUACAGACUGAAUCCUUUUUGUUCACCGUUAAUAUUGAACACUGAGGUUCUGCUGGAGGAAAUGGCAUUAAUGAAUGUUGACUGCAGGUGGAAAAUAGAAUCUGUAGCAAGAAAAUACUUUCAUUUGGACGACAGGAUUUUAAAUAUUACAGCUGUGUGUUGCUGUCUGUGAAUAAUAAUGUUACAGGAUACAGUCGUGAGCAUGUAGACAAAGCACACGCGGACACGAGCGCACACGGUUCCCGUUAACUCGACAUGCACCCAAACAGCGACUCCUUGCCUGUAUAUAAGAAGCAGUGCAUGUUGGGAAAGAUUCUUCUUUGUGCCAGCAUGUCUCUUUGAUGUGAUAUUCAAUUGUUGUCUUAAUUUUUUUUUUCUCUUGAUUUGUCAUUUAUUUUGAUAUUUGGGUAUUAUUUUCUAUUUUUGGAAGGCUUGUGAAUAUAUAAAUAUGUAUUACUGAUGUGUAGUGGUACAGAGUUACUAGCAUGAGAGAUUUUUUUAUACAAAGAUGUUUCUAAUUUUCGUUUUUCUAAAUAUGAUCGUUCUUAUCGGGGAUGGAGGUAAAACAGAUGCCAGCUUUGGUUUGUUUCUACUUCCAAUAAAUGGCUAAAAAAUGCACUGCAUUUGUUGGUUUCUGUUGUGUUUUUCAAAUCUGGAAUAUGACUUUAAAAGUUCAAUAUUUAUUUACAUUUAGGAUAUAUUAUUGCAUCGUUUUUAGUGUUGCCAAAUGAUUAAUCACGAUUAGUCACGAUUAAUCGCAAGCGAAAUUAAAGUUUUUGUUUACAUA